ACCUUUCCUUUCAUUUCAAAAUAUCAGCACCGACGCAAACAAACAAGAUGAAGGAAAUCUUUCCUCCACUAUCAAACCCUACCAAUGGCGUCCCAUCAUCCAAGAACAAGAACAAGAAAAGGCUCUUCAUGGGUCUUUUUGCGUCAAUCCUUCUAGUUACAGCCAUUGUUGGCAUCGUUGCUGGUGUAGCCUCAAACAGAAAGAGCUCCGCCAUUAAUGACCAUCAAGAAGCUCAUGCCAUUCUGAAAUCAUCCUGCAGCUCUACAUUGUACCCUGACCUUUGUUUCUCAGCAAUCUCUACUCUCCCUGAUGCUUCCAGCAAGAUAAAGAGCACCAAGGAUGUAAUAGAUUUGUCACUGAAUUUGAGCAGGACUUCUGUCGAACAAACUUUUCGCAAGAUCAAGCAACUCAGUUUCAGGCGGAGUAGCUUCACCAAACGUGAAACAACUGCUAUCGGAGAUUGUCUAGAAGUUUUGAAUGGAACUUUAGAUAAGAUUAAGAAGGCUGUGCAGGAUCUCAAAAGCUAUCCAUCUUUGAAAAAAUCCAUAGCUGAACACGCUGAUGACCUCAAGAUCCUGCUCAGUGCUGCAAUGACUGACCAAGAAACUUGCCUUGACGGUUUCUCUCAUGACAAAGCAGAUGAAAAGGUUCGUAAACCAUUUUUGAGUGAUGAAAGGCACGUGCAUCGCUUGUGUAGCAAUACCUUGGCCUUGAUCAAGAACAUGACCGACACAGAUAUGGCUGCAGAGAAGCAUUUAUCAUCAUCAUCGUCAUCAUCAGGAAGGAAGCUGGAAGAGGAGAAUGGCAUAGAAUGGCCACAGUGGAUGUCGGCCGGGGACCGUAGGCUGCUGCAGGCCGGAGGUGUGACUCCCAAUGUUGUUGUUGCAGCUGAUGGGAGUGGAAACUACCGGACCGUCGGGGAGGCAGUCGCAGCUGCACCAGGGGGCAGUAGUUCUCGGUACAUCAUAAGGAUUAAAGCAGGGGUUUACAGAGAAAACGUGGAGGUUCCAAGUGGAAAGACCAACAUCAUGUUUGUGGGUGAUGGGAGGACGACCACCAUUAUCACCGGUAAUAGGAACGUGGUUGACGGCAGCACCACAUUCAGGUCUGCAACUGUUGCUGCUGUUGGGGAUGGAUUCCUAGCCAGAGAUAUAACAUUUCAAAACUCCGCUGGACCAUCAAAGCAUCAAGCUGUAGCCUUACGUGUAGGAUCAGACAAAUCAGCAUUUUACAGAUGCGACAUGAUUGCUUACCAAGACACCCUCUACGUACACUCACUCCGCCAAUUCUACGUCAGCUGCAUAAUCAUCGGCUCAGUAGAUUUCAUCUUCGGAAACGCAGCAGCAGUCUUCCAAAACUGCGACAUACACGCCAGGCGUCCAAAUUCAGGCCAAAAAAACAUGGUCACAGCGCAAGGCAGAGAGGAUCCUAAUCAGAACACAGGCAUAGUGAUUCAGAAGUGCAGGAUUGGUGCAACUCAGGAUUUAGAAGCUGUAAUAGCCAGCUUCCCAACUUAUUUAGGCAGGCCUUGGAAGCUGUACUCGAGGACUGUGAUCAUGCAGAGUGAAAUCAGUGAUAUUAUUAACCCAGCAGGAUGGUUUGAGUGGGAUGGUGAUUUUGCUCUUGACACAUUGUUUUAUAGAGAGUAUCAGAAUACUGGAGCAGGUGCUAAUACUGCAAAUAGAGUGAAGUGGAAGGGAUUCAAGGUGAUGACUAGUUCAUCAGAAGCACAGCCAUUUACUGCAGCAAAUUUCAUUAGUGGAAAUGAUUGGUUGCCUUCUACUGGGUUUCCUUACUCACUUGGUUUAUAAAUUUGUAGUUGAAUAUUCUAGCUUCUAUUUAAUAUUACACAAAAGCAUUGUAACUUGUGAAGCUAUGUGUAAUGAAUAAGAUUUCGAAACCAAGUAUAUAUUUUUUAUAAAACUAAAAAUCAAUUAUUAA